CCCCGCCAAGACCAAGACCAAGCGUUCCUCCCCAGGCUGCACCCAUCCUAGCAGGGACGGUGCUCGGGGCGGGGCGGGGCGAGGCUUUGUUUACAGCGCCUCCCUUGCAGCAGCUGGCCGCCUCCUCAGCCUCGAUCCCGCCGCCUCCACCAUGCCGCCGCCCCUCAGGAUUUAAGAAGAAUGUAGUGAAAUGUCAAGAUAAGUUCACAGACAGCUAAUGCACCAUAAUGCUUCCACUAAGUGACAUGCAUCCACUGCAAGAUGAAGCUGUUACGAUUGAGCCACAGUAUGAUGGAGUGAUCAUGCUCAGCUCAGAGUCAGUGCUGUUCAGUGAUGCAAAACCUCGUCCUGAUGGAAGCAAGGUGUACCAUGUGUUUGAGCGGACUCUGGGGGAGCCGGCCCAAGAUGAAGUAGUGCAGAAUGAGGACUUUCAGACCAGACAGGAGCAACUCUUUUCUCAGGCCCAUGAAAACACUCUGCAGGGAAUACAGCAGGUACUUGCAGAAAGUGGUUUUGUCAACCAGGGAUGGUGUGAAAGUAAUGGGGCCGGGGUGCCGGUUAGCCCCACCUCGGAGCAGGGUUUCGCUGAGGAUCCAACACUCAUUUUUCCUCCAGGCUUGAAUAUCUCUGUUAAUACCUCAAAUUCGUGCAUAGCCAGACACCAUGAAGUACCCCGUUCAAAAAUUCACCAGUUUGAGAUUGUUCUGCCUUUUGAGCAUAAACGGCGACUUCUUAAAAGAUUACUGAAGCAUAAAGGAGUUGACUUUGUAGAAUUUGAACCUGAAAAUCAUCGUAUCAUAAUUAAGACAAGAAGAUCUGUGCACACUAUCCUGUCUGUCCUGCGGAGUGUUGACCCCAGUGCCCGACUCUUAGGGACCAGCAGGGACCCUGAGGAGACCAGAGACGGGGGCUUUAGUCAAGAUUCAGGAAGGUUCAAUGGAGGGCUGUGCAUGCAACAAUGAAAAGCUCCAAACUGUUAAAAUACUUUUCAAAUAGGCCAAUAACAUUAAAGGGGAACUUCCUGAAGUUGAUAUAAAAAUAUGUACAUAAUUUCUUUCAGACUUUAGGAAUUUUUCAGUAUCAUAUUAAUAUACCUUACAUUUGUGGGAAGAAUCAACCUAAAUGAAAAUCCAUACAAUACGUACAUUGUUGAUGGAGUGGAAGACACUGCAUUUUGCACUCCUGCUUCCUUUUUCCCUAUUGACUUGACUAACACAUGUCACACCAUCCCAUUUAACUGUGAACCAUGAUAAACAAGCAUUAGAAGAGAAAGCCACAUUGUUUUCAAACUCCCCAUUUGUCAAUGUUUCUUACUAGUCAACUGCAGAAAUAAAUGUCCAAAUGCUCCACAAAUAAAUAUUUAACACUAAAAGUAAUUGCUAAAUCUGAGGGAAAAAGAAAAACUAAGCUUAGUCCAUCAGAAUCUAGUGUUGAUUUACUGUUACGAUUACAAGAAUGCGAGUGCCUCUGUGUGCAUGAACGGAGAGCUGAGUGAGAGUUUGGAUGAUGGUGUGGUGUGAGAUGGGUGUCAAUCACGAAUAUUCUUGGUGGAAAUGAGAUAUAUAAGAUGUUCAUUGUGUUGUGUCAAAUUGGGGUGAAGAAAGCAAUGGAAUCAUGUAUGAGUGGUUUGGUAUGGGUGUAACAGCAAAAGGAGUGGAUUGUGGAGUGACUGAAUGAGUAUAGCAUGGUGCUCUGAGAUGGUUUGGAGAUGUGAUGAGAAUGAAAGAGGAUGACUUUGUGAAGAAAGUAUAUGAGGGUAGGAUUGAAAGAGAGAGUGUCUGGGGGAAGACUAGUGAAAUGGAUCAAUAAAAUGGAUAAGUAUUGGAGAGGGAGAGUUGAUAGGCGAGGGAUCGAGCAUGCUACGAGGGAGUGCUGGAACAAGUUAUUUUGGAGAUGCCUUUGCCAUGACCACCCUCUCGAGGGAAGUUCCCUUGAGGGAAGAGGGCACUGAAAAUAUAGAUAUAGUAUACAUACAUAUACACACACACAUACACAAUCGCACACACACAUGUAUAUAUAUUUAGUUGGACAUCAUCAAAAUAAUUUAUUUCCUUUCAUCUGGCAUUAUUUUUCUAAGUACGUAUCCAUUUCACCUAUAUUGUUGUUAUAAGAAAAGAACAGAUAUGUCAUUUUUGUGGUGCCUGUUACAGGUUAUUAACUUACUGUGUCCUUCCAGAAUGUAAUAAUGCUCAAACUUGUUAUUUGUACUCAUUAGUGUAUCUUUAUAUAUCUAGUAACUUGCUUAAUACCCAACCAUGAUGCUUUGAUGGGUCCAAUACUUCAUGUGAAUGUGUUAGAGCCAUGUAUGUGAUGUCAUAAGAACUAAGAAAACAAUGAAGUUGAGGAGUCUAAAUCCUUUUUUGGCGAGUUUGAUUUUCAGUGAAAGAAAGUAAAUAUCUGAAGGCAAAGCAAUCUUUCCAAAAGGUGCCUCAUAUAUAUAUUCUUCUGAAUGGAGGCUCUCACAAAGUUGCAGCAAACAAAAAAUUGACAGCAUCAAACACAAAUUAAUGGAGAUAAAAAUGCAGUCAUGGAACAAAUUUUCUCUGAUGAAUUUAAGAUAGUAAAACUGACAAUAUGGAACAUUAUUCUUAUUUUUAGCAGCAGUAAUGAUAAAUGUUUGGUGGUUAUAAACACUAUAUAAAUGUGAGUUCAGUCAAGAAGUUGUUGUUGAGUGAGGUUUUAUUUGAGAAUUUUAAGAGGUUGUUGCUUGUAUAUUAUAUUUUUCUGUAAGGUUAAAACCAGGUCUUCUAAUCAAAGCUAUUCUAGUUGUAUAUUGUCAUGUAGGGCCGUAAAUAUUAUAGGCACUCUUGCAAUAAAAAAUAUGCUCCUGACAUGAUAGAAGCAGUGGGUGACUAUAGGUAUUGCAUAGUAUUUAUAUCUUAGUUCUUGCCAACUAUUUUUGUAUUUUGCAUUAUUUCUUUCUUAGAAGAAAUUGUUAUUUUAUCCUUGAUAGGGUAUAUAAAGCAGACCCUGCCUUGCACAAAAUCCUUGAGAGUAAGAAUGGUACUCAGUUCCUCUCAGUUGAUUUUUAUUUAUUUUUUGUUAUUUGCAAAUUAAACCAUGAAACCAAGACUGUCCUGUCGAUGGAGGAGGUGCUGUGUACUUUUUGGACAUUCAUGCAUGCAUGUAUGUAUAUAGUAAAAGUACGUUAACCUGAGUUGUAGGGGACCAGCCAUGCCUGUUUAUCGGAUAUGCUGUAUUAAUGAAAGGAACUAGUACAUGUAUGAAUAACCAGGUGGUACUACAUGAAUGAAUAAUUAGAUGGUACUACUACAUGUAUUUCCAUUUUGAUAUCUGCUCCCCCUCUACCUAUGAAGUACUGUGUUAUGAGUUCCUGAGCUGGACGUCUCCCUAUGGCUCUCACCCCUUGUGCCAAUGAAUCUGUGUGACAAGAAAGGCGAGGGAGGAGGAAUGUUGUGUUUCCAUGAGAUAACUGGCAGAUGUCAGCUGAGGUUGCUCCAACCAAAAUAAAGAACUUAAGGAUGGACAAACCACAGCUGACAGGUGGACGUGACAACUGGUGGUAUGUGUGUUCAGGCUACCAAGACAUUCCUGUGAUAAAUUCUCUCAUUUUUGCAUACAGGGUGUUCUAGUUGUAGAAGAAUAUCUCUUAUAAACAUAUGUGUAUGUACAGUUCUCCAGUUAGUUGAGGUAUGAACUGGAUCAAAAGUUCAAAUAAGGCACGCUGCCUUUAAGUGGUUGCUAUGCGGAUGGGUGGGAGGGAGGGACAAGGGAAAGAAGGAGAAUGUGGCAGGGAAGUUGGUUGGGGCAAGAGUGGGAGGAGGUGGAAGUGCAGGAAUGAUGUUCCACUAUAGAAUUGAAAAUAUGCAUGACCCAUUGCCUUUAUAACAAUAAAUCAUGUUGAUAAAACACUGCACUUCACAAAGGCUUACUCUAGGACAUGAGGACUGUGUGCUUGUAGUAAGACUGUGUGUUUCCAAAAAGUGCUCAUCAUAUUUUGAGGACUUGCUUGAUCACAAUGAAAUCUAAACACACUGAAUUUAAUUUCCUUUAAAAUUUCAACUGUACACUUAUUCAACUUCUCAAGUAACCCUGGAUGGUGAAGUAUAUAGACCUUUGGUGACAUAGCUUGUUUUGAUAACAGUCAACCAUAAUAUCCACCUCUCGCUCUGUUCCACCCUCCUGCCCAUGCUCUCCCCCCUUCACUCUCCCUCCACACCUCACUCUCUCCCUAGUCCCUUCCACCGUCCACCUCUCCCCUCCUGUCCACCCUGCAAACCGCUGGGGGCAGCACAUUUAGUUUGAACUAUCAGUUCAGCUCACACCUUCCACCUGAGGGAAAACCAGACCAGAUUAUUUCUGGUUGGAUCAAAAAAAGCAAACGGUUGGAUUUGCUGGACUAUUGGUGACUGCAUUAACAGACUUUUACUGUAUAUUAGUAAAUAUAUGUAUGCCUGUCCAUAGAAUAAAAGAAGAAGAAUAAAAGCUGCCAUUAGGAAUGCUAGGGCAACACCUGCUAGCAUGUCUGUAGCCUUUCAGAGUGAGUAGAGAGUGAGGAAAUCAUCAAGUGUCUGAGUCGUGGUUUGGGAGCUUUGUACGUUAAUGCUACAAGGUACAUGAAUAUGUUGCAGGGGAUGUUCAUGGCUCUAAUCAACUUUCUGGAUAUUGUCUACCUAAGUCACUAUGUCAUUACUUCUAGGAAGAAGAUUGGUUUUCUCACAUGAUAUUGAUUAUGACAAUAAAAUGUUGCUUAUGUAAGAAGAGCGUAAAUUAGAAUUUUGUUACCUUACUCCAGCUAGGUGUGCUCUUGUGCAUUAAGUCAAAGCAGCAUUUGUCUGUGUAUAGUACAAUUCAAACUCAUGUAUGUGCACAUAACAUACAAACACAUUAAAUAAUUUCUACCUAAUAGACAAGUAAGUAUGUGGUGUGGUGUGCAUGCACUAAUGUAUAUUUGGUAGUAUUGUGAGAGAAUUCAGUUUAACAACAAAUUACCACUGAGGCAAUUUGAUGGCUUUGCUUGCAGUUUAAGACAUCUUGAUAAAUGUAAAUUCAUAAUUAAAAUGUCAAAUACUAAUUUAGACAUAUUGUAUGUACAUUCUUGUGCUCAUAUAGAAUAAGAUUUCCUGUCCCCAUAAUUUUACACACACACACACACACACACACACACACACGAAGUGUAUGUUGGGAUUAUAUGAACGCACACAUCGUAAUAGAUUUUUUAAAGUUAGUUACAUACUGUAAUUUUUGUUUGGGUAGUAAUUUCCUGGGAUAUACUGAGAACCUCUUUGCACAGAGUGAAUUAGGGAGGGAGGAGAGCAUGAGGAAGUGAUCUAUCUUACUUAAGUUGUAACUGCAUGAUCAUUGUCACUACAUGAGAACACAUGGUGUGAAAUACAUUUGGCCCAAAGUGACUGAAGCUUCUGGGGGACUACAAUGAGCAUACUUUUUGUUAUACUUUUAUCAUCCCACUAAGUGAUUAUAUUAUAGUACUGAAAUGGAUGAAAAGAUUUAUUCAUCCAUUAUAACAUCAGAAACAUUUUGAUAGUAUCCAUUAAAGACAAAAUUACUUUCAAUUCAACCUAAACUGAAAAAAAGUAUUUAGUUGCUUAUUAUUAUUUUGAAAGCUGGCCCCUUGCCAAGUUUAUGAUGCUGAGUACAAACGAAGCCUCUUGCUAAAGGCUGUAAGCAUCAAGAACACAAAAUGGUCAGUAACAUUUUUGGACCAUCCUUAUAAAAGUUUGACACAAAUUGAAUAUCAGUGAUGUCCUUUCAUAUAAAAGCAUUUUUUUUUUUUGUGCUGCCUAUAGUGUCAGUAGGCUUUCUUGAGGGGUCUCUUGGACAACCCCAGCCUGUUAGUGGCGCAGGUGAAUUUAUUUAUAGUGGCUGCCGUGAUAUAUGUGCUUGGCCCAUGCUGCCCCCCGGUGUUCAAUGUGAACAAAGUUGCUAAAGUUAGGGUUGAUUGAAGAUCUGGGUAGCAUGUGGGUAAUCUUCUGCCACUCUGCUAUGGUUGAAAAUUGUCAGCAUGCAUUGGUGGGACUUGAACCUGGGUCCCUGGGAUCACCACACCCGCAUGCUGACCACUCAGCCACCGCUGCUGCUACAUAAGGCAUGCAAAGUAACUUGCAUGACUGAUCAUGCAUUUUGAUUUAUUCUGAUUCCUAUUCAGAAACAUUUCUAGGAAUUGUGAUUUUAAAAAUUUCAAUUGGGUGAAUACCAGACACGUAAGUUUUUCUCGAUUCUAAAAAUAUCUAAAGCAUUAAAGCUGCCUUCUUUUACUCAUCAAAAAAAGUAUAUUUGCAAAGAGGAUCACAAAAUAUGGCCAGAGAUUGUGCCCAGUGUGGUCUCCCAUAAAAAAUUCAUACAUUUUGUUAACAUGUGGUGCCAUGACAUGACCAGCUUUUAUAGUAAAAUAGUCCUUUUGAUACUCAAUUUUUAUAGCUUUCUCUGGCUGAUAUAAACUUUAUGGAAGUGUAAAGCAAUGGUGCCAUAAAACAUGUUGAGUAUACCUAUUUUGUAUUGCCAAGAUAUUCUAGGGAAAAAAUUGAUCAUAUUUCAACAUUAUAAUGUAAGAGAGGAUGAAAGUUUUCAGUUUGUAAUGUGCAGUUCAGUAAUAUAGACUGGUGAGGUCCUAAACUCUUAGAGUCAUGAGGCCUCAUGUCAAUGUUGCACCAGAGGGUGUCACAUAGAUGCAUACCAAGACAAGGCCUUGCCAGGGUCUCCUCAAAACUUAAAACAUUUACAUAUUUGCCUUAUGAUUUCUUUAUUUUUCUCUCAGCAUCCCAGUUCAACAAGUUCUGUAUUCUUAAUUCACCCCAUCGUUAGGAAGAAAUCUCUGCCCACCGACAGUAACACUAAGGUUCAUCAAUUGGCAUAUAAGACACCAGCUCUGAUUUACAUGCAUGUACUGUAAUGGUGGUAGUAGGUGUUGAUAUAUGUUGGCCCUGCAUGUAACCAUGAAUUUUUACUUUGAGCUCAGAACUAUUGGCCCUCAGCUUUCAGAAUGGGCCUGAAUUCAGCUUUCUUGCUCAAGGGUGUGUGAACUGUGACACUGAACUUACAUGAGGCCCAAGGCCGUAGCUUGUUGAUCCGAAUAAAUCUGGCACCGAUGGAAUGGUAUUUACAAAUGUGCUUUCAUAUUUACAUUUAAACUUGAUUUUGCCCUGGUAACCUUUGAUAUAGUCUCUAUGAUAAUUAUAAGUAUCCACAUUAUGUAUUUCCUUCUGGAACUGGCAAUGGGAUGUUUCUGAAAAAGUAUACGUAACCACAAGAUGGCUCUUACUCACUGGUAAUACAUGCACUCUUAAUUAAGGUAUAUUUUUAGUGAAUUAUAGUUCUGUAUUUCAGGCAGUUUGGUAGUGAUCUUUACUUUAUGUAACUUUAUCAGUUCAGAACACUUCAGAAAAAUGCAGCUGAAAAUGAAUUCAUAUGAUGAUGAUGAUCAUCAUCAGUAACUUUCUUUUCCUGCAAAGGCAGUGAGGCGAGUCAAGGCCAUGUGACCGUUAUGUCAAAUGUUGUAGGCAAAAAUAAAUGAAAGGGAGACAUUCCCUAACCUCA